UGGCCAUUGUCUUCAAGUUCCGAUAGAUAGCGCGCAAAUUUAAGCAAUAGGAUCAGCUGUUCUUCCAACGAUCUCCAUGGUCGCCUCUAUUUACAGUUAAAUAGCGGGAGAGUGCCGCAUCGUCGUUGUAUAUUUUUCAAUCUAUAAUUAAUACCUUUUAAACCAAAUCAAAAACUGGUGUGUAAUACAUAAUGAAUGACUCAUUUUUAGAAGAUUUAGAUUUAUUGCCAAAUGAGAAAAGAAGUUUUGUAGAAAAUCAAGUAGAUCGACAUGUAACGAUCAGACACACAACCUCUUCGCCCUUACAACGUUUGUCGGAACAAGAUGAUUUUGAAAAACUCGUACAACAACAACAAAAAACUGAAAGUGUCUCGACCAAGGUAUCAAAAUUGCCACAGAUCAGAGAAUCUAAUAAAAAAGAGUCGCCUAUCAAGGAUGUAAAAGGUUUAACCGAACAUGAUACCAAAAAGCAGAUGGUAAAAGCAAAAUCCUCCGAGAGGAAGGACAAAGGUGCUGAAAAUAAAUUAAAAUCAAUGGAAAAUAAAGUUAAAUCGGACUUUAGAGAUAAGGAUAAUAAACAAGAGGCAAAAGUUAAAAUAUCAGAAAGUAAAAUUAUAAUUAAAGAUCAUAAUCGUCGAUCUGGUAGUUAUAAGGAUAAUACCCGUUCCUUGGACAGUUCCAGUAAAGAGAACAGUCGUCCGGCGGAUUCUUCGAAAGGAAGCACUCCUCACAUUGAUAUGACGAAGGAAAGGGGAGGGCGUGUGAUUGAAGGUUCUAUUAAGAAGUCUGAAACAAAAGAAUAUGAUCCAGUUGCAUUACUUAAUGCAAUUAAAGAUCUCAUAAGUACAUAUACCAAACAAGAAAGCACAAAAUUGUUAAAAGCUAUGCAAGACUUUCAUAUAAAUUCACAAAAAACUUUUAUUAAGAGUACAUUGUUACAAACCGAUGAGAUAAUCAAAGAAAUACAUCCUACAAGGGAUUCAAUUCGUAUGAGAGCAUUAAUAGAAGAAAAUGAAAGAUUACAAGAGGAUUUAAUUAUUUUACAAAAGCGAUAUAGCGAUUUACAAAAGAAAUUAGACGAGUUAGAAUCUCUUAAAGAGGAAAACACAACAUUGAAAUUGAAAUGUAAAGAAUUAUCUAUGCACCAACAAUGAAUAUUAAAACAGACUUUAAGACUUUAGACGUAACAUACUUCAAAAGUAAUGACAUUUAACAUUUAUAUAACGUGUCAUAACUACUCUAUAGAUUGCCAAUGAAUUAUUAACAAAUCUCUGCCAAAUGGUGAUAUUCUAAACUUCCUAUUGUUAAUUUAAUUAUUAAUUCUUAAGUAGGAAUAUAUAUAUAUAUUAAAAGUUCCCCAUAAUAAAUGUAAUAAACUGUGCCUGCUUGUAGGAUAUUCGCUCAAUUGUUAAUCGUACGAACAAGUAUGUUAUAACAAAAAUAAUUUAUUUUUAUAUCAUUCCAUUACUACUUACUUAUAAUGUAAUCCAUUGUUAGCGGUCACAUUUGCGCAUUGUUACUCCGCUAAAUGAAUAUAUAUAUAUAUAUAAGCAGUAUAUCAUUAAAUCGGUAUAUCGUGUAUAAUGUUGAUUCGCGUGAUAGACCGAUGAUAAUGCAUUAAAAAUACAUUUAAUACAUUCUGCAUAAAUAUUUAUUAAUUACAAUGUGUAUGCAAUCAUUUAAUAAAGAAUUUUAUUCUUA